AGAGAGACAGGCAGAUAGAAAGAUAUAGAUAUAUAUAACUAUGUAAACAAACUAAAGUUUCUUUCUAUAUAUGAAUGCAGAAUUGCCGUUAGUACAGCAGAAAUAUUGGCUAAAUUACCCUUACAAAGCAGAAAAAACUUAUCAAUAACCAGCAAUGGGCCUCGAACCAACAUCCCUCAAAGGUUCUGUUGAAUGCUUUACCAUUAAGCUAAACUGCUUAAACUCAUGCGCAUGUCUGCAUUGUGGCGUGUGAUGCCCUUCUAAUCACUUAUGUUAACACUAACCUCACUGUAAAAUACAACCAGGUCAAAGUGUUACACAUAUUUACACAGUUUUAGCUUCAGUGUAUUUCCAUUGCGUAGCUAUAUUUACUCACUCGUUAAAUGAAUAUAUACAAAGGCCAGUUGUUGGCCUACGCACUGUAACAAAAGAAACACUUUAUAGCGAUAUAGGCAAGCAAUAUGAAAUGCUACGUAUGUUAUUAACAACAGUACCUGAAAAGAAAUCGGAGUCAUUCAAUACAAAGGAAUAUUAAAUUUAAACUGCAUCUUGUGUAGGAGAAGUAUAUCGACAUGGUGAUUUAUUUUGAUAAGUGGAGUACAGCAGAAUUGGUAAAUAAAAAUAACAAAUUUGAAGAGAAGUUCUAAAAUAUCCAUGUUGUUACAAUGGAUGAAAAUGAAGAAUAUCAACAGGAAUCAAAAGCACUGACAGCUACACAUAUAUCAGAUAAAGAUAUUACACACAUUUUAGAAAAAUGUGGUGGUUUUGGACCUUACCAUCGCUGGUUGUACGCUUAUAUUUUUCUUAUAUGGAUUUUGGCAGGAUUUCCGGCAAUGAACUUGCCAUUUAUCACUGCAAACGUUCCUUUUUUAUGCUACCCUCCGAACUUUAAUGCUUCGUUAAUUCCUGCAAAUCUUACAGAGAAUGAAUAUUUACAAAUGCUUCAACCAGACGGCGACGAUAAAUGUUCUGUAUAUAACAACAGUUUUACUGGGACACAUUAUACAACGCCACCAAGUAAUUCAUCUAAACUACAAUGUUCUUAUGGACGGAAAUUUCUGACAGAAGAUUUUUCUUCGGUUGUAAGUGAGUUUGGUUUGGUAUGCGAAAACAAUUGGUUAAGAUCCACUUUGCAGUCAGUUUAUUUUGCUGGUCAUCUUGUCGGAUCAAUAGUAUUUGGUGCUUUAGCUGACAGAUUUGGUCGGAGACCUAUUUUAUUGCUUGCAAAUGCAUGCCUGGUUGUUUCUGGAGUUACCAAAAUCUUCAUCCCAUCUUUCAUCAUUUUUCUCAUUCUUUAUUGGAUUCAAGCUUCUGCUAAUAUCGGCAUAACAGUUAGCACAUAUGCACUGAUCAUGGAAUUUACUUCUUCAGAACUACGUGCUCCUGUUAAUUUUGUGUUUAUGUGCGCCACUGCAGUAAUCGCGAUAUUUUUAACAGGAUUCGCCUAUGCCAUAUCUGACUGGCGUACUUUAGAAUUGACAGCGUGUCUCCUACCGAUAAUGGUUUUUUUCAUUUGGACAUUUGUGCCUGAAUCUCCAAGAUGGUUUAUUGGAAGAAAACGAUUUAGAGAAGCUGAGGCAAUCCUUGAAGAAGUGAUAAAGAACAAUAUAAAGCAACACGAGGAGGUGCUAGGUAUUUUAACAGAUGAUGAAGAGGAAACUUUAUUCGAAAACAGUUUCCAAGAAAAUAUACCUGAGAAAACAAUCGUAAACAAAGAAGAGAAUUAUACUUUUAUCGAUCUAUUUAAAACAUGGCGGAUUGCAUUAAUCACACUUAAUAUUUGCUUCGGCUGGAUGGUCUGCAGCAUGUUAUACUAUGGCGUAAUACUUAAAUCUGUUGAUAUGGCUGGAAACCGCUACUUAAACUACCUUUUAAUGCAAAUUGUUGAGGUUCCCAGCAACUACGCUUCUUAUUAUUUCUUUAUACGUUUUGACCACCGCAAACCUAUAAGUUUCUUUAUGGUGUUUAGUGGAUUAAAUUGUAUCGUCUCAAAUUUUGUAACCGAAGGCUCAUUCUGGAUCCCUCUCAUUCUGGUUGUUCUGGGAAAGUUUGGAAUCUCAGCAGCCUUUUCUUCAAUUUAUCUCUUAUCAGCAGAAAUAUUCCCAACAGUUGUGAGAACAAACGGUUUAGGUGUAGCUUCAAUGACUGCUCGUAUCGGCAGUAUGCUUGCACCCUUCAUUCUUCACCUUUCAUACUAUGUCAAAUGGCUUCCUUUAAGUAUCUUCGGCGUUCUUUCAUUUAUAUCCGGCAUGAUGAUCCUUUUAUUGCCAGAAACAAAAGAUAAAGACUUACCUCAGACACUGGAUGAUUUGACCAGCAGAAAGAACUUUUAACGUAAAACAACAAAAAGAAACAAAGGUUCAAUGACAGCAAAAAGAGAAAAAUGCAUUUUAUUGAAUGCAUCGAGGGUUUAAUUUAAAAAUUUGUCAACACAGAUUUUCUUCUAUGAAUAAUUUUAGACAGAAAUUCAAGUGAUUACGGGUUAAUUUUAAAAUCUUUUCUAUACAAUAUUUUGUGACCAUCAAUUUUACUUAAAUGAAUAAAAAAUAUUUUACUAAA